AUGGAGGAAGCUCAAGUCCAUCAUUUACGAGUCUCUCCCGCAGGCCCAGACGGUGAUGGUACCCUUUCAGUUGUGCCAAAUGCCAAGGGAAUGUCCGACGAAGAAAUGCGAGAACUUGCCUUAAGCUACGGCCACAUAAGCGGGUUCGUCUUCCCCACACGAGAAGGCUCAGACUUGGACUACGAGAUCCGCAUCUGGCAUCCAUAUUACGAACUAGAGAAGUGUGCCCACGCAAUGAUAGGAACUGUGUGGCUACUGUCAAAGCUUGGGAUGAUGCCGCGGGACGACCUCCGCAUCGUGACCAAGAUCGGUCGUAUUGAAGCUCGGAUCACGAAGACUGCCGACAAUACAGACAGCACAAACGACGGCAUCUGGGUUGAAUUCUCUAACCCGACAUGUUCAGUCAUGGACAACAUGGACAAGAAACACGCCGACGCCAUACUGUCUGGUUUGGAUAUCUCGAGAGAUGACAUUGUACCUGGAGCAGCAAUUCAGAAUGCCGGCACGAACAAGAUGGUGAAGACGCUGGUUCCGAUCGAAUCGAUUGCGAAAUUGCAUGAUUUGGAAGUCGAAUACAAUCUCGUCAAGAAGCUUCUUGGCAAGAUUAAAAGCAAUGGUUUGUGUCUGUAUGCCAUCGCUAAUCACGAACGGCAGGAUGGCCAUUGGGAGGAUACUGCGACUGCUUUGGCUUUUGGGAUGCUGAUUAAUGAGCUUGUCGACAACCCUCAUGGGACACUUAAGAUUAGGCAGGUUUGGAACCAGGACCGUCAUCGUGAGAUUAGUUUAAGGUUCAGGAAAUGGGGUAGUAGCGUUGAUGGCUGUUGGAUUGGAGGCACAGCCAAGUUUGAGACUGAGAAGAGAGAGACUGGAAAGACAGGGACCUGGGAGACUGAUACUGAAUAG